GAGGGUCGUUGACUGUCUCUGCCUACGUCGACUUACGAACAACAGCAUCAACUGUCCUCACGACAACAUCGACAAAAUGAGCGACUCCGUCACUAUCCGCACAAGAAAGUUCCUCCGAAACGCCCUCUUGGCCCGUCGCCAGAUGGUUGUUGACGUCCUCCACCCCACCCGCGCCAACGUUUCCAAGGACGAGCUCCGGGAGCGUCUCGCCACUCUCUACAAGACCGAGAAGGACGCCGUCUCCGUCUUUGGUUUCCGCACCCAGUUCGGUGGCGGCAAGUCCACUGGUUUCGCUCUUAUCUACGACUCCGUCGACGACUUGAAGAAGUUCGAGCCUGCCUACCGUCUCGUCAGAAUCGGACAGGCCACCAAGGUCGAGAAGGCCAGCAGACAGCAGAGAAAGCAGAAGAAGAACCGCGACAAGAAGACUCGGGGAACCGGCAAGAGAGCUGCCAAGCGGACGGCGAACUAGAUUUAGGUCUCAAAAAAGUGUUUGGAUUUUAUUAUUUAUUGCGGCUUUGUUUGAGUGUCUAAAAGAAUUCUUGUAUCUACUAUGUAUUGAACAUGCUUAAUUGCUUCAUUUCAUGACAACAUAUUCAAUGUGCCCUGUAGACCCUGAUAGUUGUAAGAAGAU